AUGAAUGGAGCCUACCAGCAGAAAGUAAACCAGUCCUCCGCGCCAGACCGUGAACUGAUCCAGGAAAAACAAGCUGAUGUCGAACCACGAAAGAGCAGGGGUGCAACGAUGACAAUUGAUCCUACGUAUAGCCAGUCCUCUGCGCCAGACCGUGAACUGAUCCAGGAAAAACAAGCUGAUGUCGAACCACGAAAGAGCAGUGGUGCAACGAUGACAAUUGAUCCUACGUAUAGCCAGUCCUCUGCGCAAGACCGUGAACCGAUCCAGGAAAAACAAGCUGAUGUCGAACCACGAAAGAGCAGGGGUGCAACGAUGACAAUUGAUCCUACGUAUAGCCAGUCCUCUGCGCCAGACCGUGAACUGAUCCAGGAAAAACAAGCUGAUGUCGAACCACGAAAGAGCAGGGGUGCAACGAUGACAAUUGAUCCUACGUAUAGCCAGUCCUCCGCGCCAGACCGUGAACUGAUCCAGGAAAAACAAGCUGAUGUCGAACCACGAAAGAGCAGGGGUGCAACGAUGACAAUUGAUCCUACGUAUAGCCAGUCCUCUGCGCCAGACCGUGAACUGAUCCAGGAAAAACAAGCUGAUGUCGAACCACGAAAGAGCAGUGGUGCAACGAUGACAAUUGAUCCUACGUAUAGCCAGUCCUCUGCGCAAGACCGUGAACCGAUCCAGGAAAAACAAGCUGAUGUCGAACCACGAAAGAGCAGGGGUGCAACGAUGACAAUUGAUCCUACGUAUAGCAAGUCGCCUGUGUUUGAUGGUGAACAGUCCAAGCAAAAACAAGCCACCCCUGCAAAUGCCGAUCUAGGUACCGGGAUUUCAUUUAAAGCUAGAAAUGAUAUUGACAUAACAAGAAAAGCGUCCAAAGGUGACAUUUUAAAUUUUUUUGCAAGAUGUACUGGGAAAAAGCAACGAGUGAGGGACGUCAAAAUAAAGAAAGGGUGCGUACUAGUAUGUAUUGACAUCACGGCUGCUGGAAAUCAGUCAGAACCAUCUUCGCUAGAUCUGGCUGAAGAGUUCAAGCACUAUCUCCUGGAUGGCGGGACUAUACAAUUAUCUGACGAAUCACGCACGGUGUUAGAUGUAGACGAAGAAAGUUUCGAGAUAACGCCACAUAAUGCUCCCGAAGAUGGCAUACCGUUCGUGAACAUCAGUCAUGCCAAGUUUGUUGUUCUUGUCGGAAAAACGGUCAUCAUUCAAACCUACGUCAUCGCAUCUCCAAAGGCUACAUCAAUUGAGUGGUUUAAGAUAGAAGAUGAUAACCACAUUCCAAUAGAAAUAGACAACAAAAUAUAUUUCGGAGGCUCUGUUCUUUCUCCCACAUUAAUCAUCCGCGAGACAAACAUCGACGAUCAAGGACAGUACAUGUGUACGGCUACCAAUAGUAAUGGAACUGGUUCCGGUAACAUUACGGUCCUGUCCAUACAAUCUGGAAAUGUUGAUGCUCUGAGUGAUAAUGGGAUUGGCGCAAGGAUAAACACUGAUGAAGAUGUUAUUGGGAAGGAUGCUGAUGCUGUGAUGGAAGAUGUUGGUAGUUACCCGGAAGGCGUCGAUGAUGUGAUGGAAGGUGUCAGUGCUGACAGGAAAGAAGUUGAUAUAAAAGAUGUUACCGAUGCCACCAAAUUAAUUUCAUUAAACAUCAGAGGCAAUGUUGAUACUCUGAUUGAUGAUGGGAUUGGCGCAAGGAUAAACACUGAUGAAGAUGUUAUUGGGAGGGAUGCUGAUGCUGUGUUGGAAGAUGUUGAUAGUUACCCGGAAGGCGUCGAUGAUGUUAUGGAAGGUGUCAGUACUGACAGAAAAGACGUUGAUAUAAAAGAUGAUACCGAUGCCACCAAAUUGAUUCCAUUAAACUUCACAGGUUGUGAUCGUGGUGAAUCUACUACUUAUUGGUGUUACCAAGAGAUGAACUUCGACUUAAACGAAGAACAGAAACAGAAGAUGCAGGACUUAUGUGAUAUACCAGGACACCAACAGAGACUGAAACAACACGAAAAAAUGAUAAUGUUAUCUAUCACAACUGAUGUCGAUCCACGAAAGAGCAGGGGUGCAACGAUGGCAAUUGAUCCUAUGUAUAGCCAGUCCUCUGCGCCAGACCGUAAACCGAUCCAGGAAAAACAAGAAUCACAUGAAGAAACAAAACCCAAAAAGCGCUCCAAGAAAAAGAAGCGGUCUCUCAGCCUAGAAUCGAAAGAUUGA